AAUUAAGGUUGACCAGUUUGCCAUGGAAUUAGAUCAGAGCCGGAAUCUGAGUAAUACCAUAGUACACAUUGACAUGGAUGCCUUCUACGCAGCUGUAGAAAUGAGGGACAAUCCAGAACUGAAAGAUAGACCCAUUGCUGUAGGAUCAAUGAGCAUGUUGUCUACUUCGAAUUACCAUGCAAGGAGGUUUGGUGUUCGUGCAGCCAUGCCAGGAUUUAUUGCUAAGAGACUCUGCCCACAACUUAUCAUAGUGCCCCCAAACUUUGACAAAUACCGAGCUGUGAGUAAAGAGGUUAAGGAAAUACUUGCUGAUUAUGAUCCCAAUUUUAUGGCCAUGAGUCUUGAUGAAGCCUACCUGAACAUAACAAAGCACUUACAGGAAAGACAAGAUUGGCCUGAGGACAAAAGAAGGCAUUUUAUCAAAAUGGGAAACUCUAUAGAAACUGAUAAACCAGAAAAGGAAGCUGAUAAAUUGAGUGAACUCGAACGAUCCAUCUCUCCACUACUUUUUGAAGAGAGUCCUCCUGAUUUGCAGUCUCCAGGAAAUCCUUUCCAAGUGAACUUUGAAGAACAAAACAAUCCUCAAAUAAUCCAAAACUCUGUUGUUUUUGGAACAUCAGCUGAGGAAGUGGUAAAGGAAAUUCGUUUCAGAAUUGAGCAAAAGACAACGCUGACAGCCAGUGCAGGCAUUGCCCCAAAUACAAUGUUAGCAAAAGUCUGCAGUGAUAAGAAUAAACCAAAUGGACAAUACCAGAUUCUCCCCACCAGACAAGCUGUGAUGGACUUCAUCAAGAAUUUACCCAUUAGAAAGGUUUCUGGAAUAGGAAAAGUUACAGAGAAAAUGCUAAAGGCCCUUGGAAUCAUUACUUGUACAGAACUCUACCAACAGAGGGCGUUGCUUUCUCUCCUUUUCUCUGAAACAUCUUGGCAUUAUUUCCUUCAUAUCUCCCUGGGCCUAGGUUCAACACACCUGACAAGGGAUGGAGAAAGGAAAAGUAUGAGUGUUGAGAGGACAUUCAAUGAGAUAAGUAAAGCAGAAGAACAGUACAGCUUGUGCCAAGAACUUUGCAGUGAGCUCGCUCAAGAUCUACAGAAAGAAGGACUUAAGGGUAGAACUGUUACCAUUAAGCUGAAGAAUGUGAAUUUUGAAGUAAAAACGCGUGCAUCUACAGUUUCAUCUGUUGUUUCUACUGCAGAAGAAAUAUUUACUAUUGCUAAGGAACUGCUAAGAACAGAAAUUGAUGCUGAAUUUCCACAUCCUUUGAGAUUAAGACUUAUGGGUGUUCGGGUAUCUAGUUUUCCCAGUGAAGAAGACAAGAAACAUCAACAGAGGAGCAUUAUUGGCUUUUUACAGGCUGGAAAUCAAGCCCCGUCAGCUACUGGGUGUAUACUAGAGAAAACUGACAAAGGUCAGUUUGCAAAUCCUCUUGAAAUAUCUCAUAAGAAGAGUUUUUUUGAUAAAAAACGAUCAGAAAGGAAAUGGAGCCACCAAGACACAAUUAAAUGUGCAACUGUGAAUAAACAAAGUUUAUGGCCAUCACAACCAUUCCAAGUUUUAAAGAAGAAGAUGAGUGAAAAUUUAGAAAUAUCAGAGAAUUCAGAUAACUGCCAGAUAUUUACCUGUCCUGUUUGCUUUAGGGAGCAAGGACACGUCAGUCUGGAGGCCUUUAAUGAACAUGUAGACGCCUGUCUUGAUGUGCCUUUAAUCAGUGAAAACUCUAAAAUGUUGUCGUGUUCACAUGCUUCUGCUACCGAAGUUAACAAGAAAGAAAAUAUACACCAUUCUUUUUCACUUGGUGAGAAGCAAGAUUAUGAAGCCCAUCUGAAAAAUAUAGAAAUCACUUCAGUAGAUUGUGCAGAUUUGGUAGAUGCUAGAGAUAACUCAUCUGAAGCUGAGAGUGUAGCUGCUUUAAGUAAUAAGCACAGCAAGGGACAUUCUAGUCUCCCAAGUACAUCUUGUAAUAUUGAACACUGUCAUCAGAAUUCUUCUUGUACUGUUUCAUUGGAAAAUGAAGAUGUUGGUUUAUUAAGUAGACAAGAAUCCUGCCAGCCUUAUUUAUGUGAAGUGGUAACAGGCCAAGCCCUAGUUUGUCCUGUUUGUAACCUAGAACAAAAGACUUUAAAUCUAACCCAGUUCAAUGUACACGUGGAUAUUUGCUUAAAUAAAGAUGUUAUCCAAGAACUGAGAAAAGAUAAAGUUAAUCCAGUUAAUCAACCCAAAGAAAGCUCCGGAAGUGCUGGUAGCUCGAACAGAGUACAGAAGACUAGAACAAGAACAAAAAGGACAGGACUGAAGAAAAAGUACUCAACAUCAAAGAAAAUAAAACAAAACAACCCCAAACACACCCUUGAUAUAUUUUUUAAGUGAAUAUUGAAUAUUUUAUCAUU